UGUUCUCCUCUCUUGCAGUGUCUUAUUGUACAUGAAUUUAUCUAAAAGUGUUGUCGUUAAGUGUCUGUCUUCCACUUUAACGUUAAAAAUGGAAAACGAAUUUGAAUUUGAGACUUUUAAAAAAAGGCCCGGGACCACGGAUAAAGGAAAAGAAUAUGAGGACGUGGUUCUGGCCAAGGUUGUCCUCGAACUAGUAAACGACCCCGCAAUAACAAAUUUUCACGUGGCAUCAAACCAAGAACUCUUUGGUGCAUUCGACGACAUAGUCAUUAAAACUGAGUCGGAUGAAGAAAAGAAAGCACUAAUUAAAGCAGUGCAAUUGAAACACGCAGAGAAGAAAACAUUAUCCACGGAAAAUUUACGAUCCAGAAACGGAGACUUUAGCCUAAGCAGAUAUUUCGAAAGUUUUAAAAAAAUCAAGGAACAGGCAGACGAAUUUAUAUUAUUUACGAAUCGUUCGUUUAAGUGUAAGGACAAAGCAAAAUUUCAACUGGAAGAAGAACGGUUUUAUGUAGAACUUGUUAAAGCCAAACCUAGCUCAGAACUUUCAGUGCAGAAAGACUGUGUGUAUCAGUUUCAAAUAGCAGAAGAUCCGUCGAUUAAAGAAAACGAUCCCAAAGUUCAAGAAUAUAAAGAGUUUUUUAGUAAGUUUUAUCUGUACACCGGUCAAGAGCGGCUUGAGGAACUAAAAAAUACAACGGCUGAAAAAUUUGCUACAACGUACUCAUCGAGCGACGACACAUUUGAUACAUUUCUCAGAACAAUAUCUGCCUGGAGCAUCCAAGACGGGAAAAAAGAAAAGCUGAACAAAACGUGGAUAAAACGUCUAAUCGCGCUACUCCUUUUAUCUCCCCACGUCGAACCACUGUCUUUUGACUCCGUUAAUGAUAAAAUGGAAAUAUUUCGAGAAGCGAUUUCCUCUUUCUGCAUCACACUGUUCGAAGAAAAAUCGUGCCAAAUCGUUAAACAACUGUGGGGUGACGUUGGAAAUGAAAAGAAUAUUGAUUUCAAGGAAUUAAAUAAAGCACGGAAAAGGUAUCUACCUACAGUCAAACAUAUUGAUAAUAAAAAUAUGGAUCCAAAGAUCGUCUCUCAACUCUUAUGGUUAACAGACAAAUGUCCUUUAAUAUUACGUGAAUGCGAAAACAUCGAAAAAGUCAUCCAGCUGUGCCCCAAUAAAAAGUUUAUUUUGGUUGGCAAAAACGAGAGUGAGGAGUGGAUGACGAAGUAUUCCAGCUUCCAAAAUCUUUCAGACUUGACUUUGAAACCCGAUUUGUGUGAAAAAUUAAUACAGAAUUUUAGCAUAUCGAUUCAGGGAAAGGAAGAACUUGACCUUCUGACAGCUUUUGGAAGCGACGAAGAAUUUUUAGAAAACGUUACGACGGACGAUCUAGCGGAAAUGCUGACCGGUCCACAUCGAAUCGGUGGAGAAAAAGAAGCCCUGCCUGAUCCCUAUAUUGAACGCUAUGUCUCUCGAAAUAUUAUAAAUAUCACCUAUUUAGAAAAACUCCACGAAAACACAAUUAUAAUUUUGAAUUGUGAGAACAACUUUGAUAAAGUUACAAGCAAACUAAGUAACUGUAAAUUAAUUGACAUUAAUAACUUUCUACAGAACAAAAAUCGGAACUUCGAUAAUUUAACAAAUAAUGAAGUUCUUGAUUUAAAAUCUAAUCCAGGUAAAUAUAUAAAAGGCGCAAAUAGACCAAGUGUUGCUAAAGCAAUGUACGCAGGUAAAAAUCAAGUUCAGUUUGAAUCAAAACUAAAUAACAAAGCAAACGAGUUCAGUUUUGAUAAAUCAAAGUUUGCUAAUACGGUCUAUGUGGGUAACCGGCACUGUAAUGAUCAUGAACUUGAAGAAAUUUAUCACGAAAACAAAGAAACAAAACACUUUCAUUAUUUUAAACUACUGAGUGAUGGAAAUUUAGAGUGGAUUAAAAGCAAAGGGGAUGUUAGUGGUUUAGAAAAUUAUAAAUUGUUUGAAAAAUAUUCUAUGAACGAAAACGCACUGUGGUCUUCUCGGUUAGUUAAUAAUAACAACAUAAAUCUAAUAACUGGCGAUCCGGGACUCGGUAAAUCGGAAUUAAUGAAAAGCUUAAAAAAUAAAUGUCCGCGCGAAUAUUGGACAGUAAUAAUUACUCCUCAAUUCAUUAAUUCAUUUUUCCACAAUUCUGAAUAUUCGAAAACAACAAACUGCAGAGAAUUAUUUGAAAAAUUGUUAAUAGACGUUAAAUGUCAGUUAGUCAAUAAGUCGGAUCAAAAGUUUUUCGAAAUAUUUAUAAAGAAAAACAAAGUUGUUUACGUUUGGGAUGCUCUUGAUGAAAUUUUAAGAGAAAAUUUAGAUGCCAUUUUAAACAUAAUUCUUCAUCUCUCAACAGAAGGUGUCCAUCAGUGGGUUACUAGCAGACGAGAUCUAAAAAUAUUAUUACAAAACAAAUUCAGUUUACUUUCCUUUAGCAUAAACCAGUUUAGCGAAAACGAACAACAACAUUAUUUUAGAAAACGUCUGAAUACUUUUAUUUCCGCAGACACAAUUGAAGUCACUAUCGACAAAAUUAAAUCGUCGUUUGCGGUCGUAGAACACGUAGACAUACUGGGAAUUCCGCUUCAGAUUUUCAUGCUCACGGAAUUGUUUCGUCAAAAUAACGAAAAAUAUAUUAAACUAAUGGACAACACAUUUCUGUUGACCGACUUGUAUGAUUAUUUCAUUUCGGAAAAAUUUAACAUUUUUUACGAUAAAAUGAAAAUCGAUCUUCAAAAUCCCCACCUGGCAAGCAGAAUUCACGAAGAAAAACGAAAGGUUCUAGAUACUUACGAACGAGUGGCUUUGAAAGUGGUGUUUCAUGACGAAAUUCUGCAGCAAUUAAAUAUCAAUUUUGAAAAACACAUAAAAAAAUUUGUAAAAAAAUAUGCCUCUCUUGGUCUUGUUAAAGAAUUACAAAAUGAGGUGCCACUUUUUCUGCACGGUUCCUUCGCGGAAUACUUAGUUGCGACAUACUUUUAUAAAAACAAUGGUCAAUCCAAGGACGUAAUUGCGAAUAUAUUAUUUGAUGGCAAGUAUAAUAACGUUCGUUUCUUUUUCGACAUGUUGUUGUCCAAAAAUUCAAAAGCUCACAUUGCCGUGUUGUAUAAAAAUUAUGAAUUACUUAAAACGUACGACGACGAAAUUUUAACACGCAAAGAUGAAUGUGGUAGAAGUGCUCUGCAUCUCAUUUCAUCGUGGGGGAAAAGACAUCCUCGUGUAAACAUAACUGCGGCGUAUCUUGUGCACGAAAACCCCAAUUUCGAUAAAAAAUCGGAAAGCGGAGCAUACAUUGAAGCGGUGACAUUUCUGCAACUGAAGAACGACGCUGACGAAUGUGACACGUUACUAAACGCGACGCCUUUGUCUUAUGCCAGAAAAAGUGAGAGCUUAGGGGCAGAACUAAAAUUACUUCAAACAAAAAAGAAUGAAUUGAGUCAAUUAUGCGUUCACGACGAUAUGGUAUACAUUUUUUAUUAUUCCGCCUUACUCGGCUACGAUGACGUGUGCACACUUUUCACGGCCGAAAUAUUAGAAAAAUGUGGAGUGCACCGUAUUACUGCAAUUUCUGACGAAAUGCCCCUGCUUAAAAAGGGCAGUUUGGACGAAUAUCAACGAAAAUUGUUUGUCCAAUUUGAAUGUAGUGAUACACUGCUUUACAUAGCUUCACACAACGGCCACGAAAAAAUUGUCGAAUACUUGACGACACUCGGUGCCGAAAUCCAUCGUGCUAAUUUCUGCGGUUGGACACCACUUCACGUAGCUUCCUUAAACGGCCAUGAAAAAGUUGUGCAACAUUUGACGACAGUCGGCGCUGAAAUCAAUGACGCUUCUAAUGGGGGUUGGAUACUACAAUACGCAGCUUCACAAAAUGGUCACGAAAAAGUUGUUGAAUACUUGGCGACAGUCGGCGCUGAAAUCAAUCACGCUGUGAAAGACGGUUGGACACCACUUCAUCUAGCUUCCUUCAACGGUCACGAAAAAGUUGUCGAAUACUUGGCGACAGUCGGCGCCGAAAUAAAUUGCGCUGAUAAUGAGGGUUGGACGCCACUUCACAUAGCUUCACAAAACGGUCACCAAAAAGUUGUUGAAUACUUGGCGACAGUCGGCGCUGAAAUCAAUCACGCUGUGAAUGACGGUGUGACACCACUUCAUCUAGCUUCCUUCAACGGUCACCAAAAAGUUGUCGAAUACUUGGCGACAGUCGGCGCCGAAAUCAAUCGCGCUAUGAAUGAAGGUGUGACACCACUUUACGCAGCUUCUUUCAACGGUCACGAAAAAGUUGUCGAAUACUUGGCGACAGUCGGCGCCGAAAUUAAUCGCGGUAUGAACGACGGUCGAACACCACUUUUCACAGCUUCACAAAGCGGUCACGAAAAAGUUGUCAAAUACUUGGCAACGAUCGGUGCCGAAAUCAAUCGCGCUGAUAAUUACGGUUGGACACCACUUUACGUAGCUUCCUUCAACGGUCACGAAAAAGUUGUCGAAUACUUGGCGACAGUCGGCGCCGAAAUCAAUCGCACUACUAAAAACGGUUGGACACCACUUCACGUAGCUUCCUUAAACGGCCACGGAAAAGUUGUAGAACAUUUGGCGACAGUCGGCGCUGAAAUCAAUCUGGCUGCUAAUGAUGGAUGUACACCACUUCACGCGGCUUCCCACAACGGCCACAAAAAAGUUGUCGAAUACCUGACGACAGUCGGUGCGGAAAUCAAUCGUACUGCUAAGAACGGUUCUACACCACUUGGCAUAGCCUCCCUCAACGGCCACGAAAAACUUGUCGAAUACUUUGCAGCAAUCGGCGGCGAAAUCAAUUGUGCUAAUAAUAAUGGUGUGACACCACUUUUGGUAGCUUCCAACAACGGCCACGAAAAAGUUGUCAAAUGCUUGGUAACAGUCGGCGCCGACAUCAAUCAAGUUGCUAAUUGUGGUUAUGGACCACUUCACAUGGCUUCCUUCAACGGUCACAAAAAAGUUGUCGAAUACUUGGUGACAGUCGGCGCCGAAAUCAAUCGCGCUACUAAUGACGGUUGGACACCACUUUACAUAGCUUCCCGAAACGGUCACCAAGAAGUUGUUGAAUACUUAGCGACAGUCGGCGCCGAAAUCAAUCGCGCUGAUACUGACGGUUGGACACCACUUUACGUAGCUUCUCAGAACGGCCACGAAAAAGUUGUUGAAUGCUUGACGACACUUGGUGCUGACAUCAAUCGCGCUGCUGAUGGUGGUUAUACACAAAGUGGUGGUGGUUAUACACCACUUUACAUAGCUUCCAUCAACGGCCACGAAAAAGUUGUCGAAUGUUUGACAAUAGCCGGCGCAGAUAUCAAUCUUGCUGAUACCGACGGUUUUACACCACUUCAUACUGCUUCCCAAAAUGGCCACCAAAAGGUUAUCGAAUACUUGGUAACACAUGGCGCCGAAAUCAAUUGCGCUAGGAAAGACGGUUGGACACCACUUCACGUGGCUUCCUGCGAGGGCCACGAAAAAGUUGUCGAAUACUUGGCGACAGUCGGCGCCGAAAUCAAUCGCGUUCAGAAUGAGACUUGGACAGCACUCCACAUAGCUUGCAAACACGGCCACCUCAAAGUUGUCGAACAUUUGUCAGCAGCCGGCGCUGAAAUCAAUCGUGCUGAUGACGUUGGUUUAACACCGCUUAGUAUAGCUUCACUAAACGGUCACGAAAAAGUUGUGGAAUACUUGGCGACAGUCGGCGCCGAGGUCAAUUGUGCUGCUAUUGGUGGUUGCAUUCCACUUCAUUUCAUUUUUCGGCUUCUUCGAAUUUUUCGGAUGCUUCGGAUUCUUCGGACUUUCCGAACUUUUCGGAUUUGACGGACUUAUCGGACUCUUCGGGCCCUUCAGACUUUCCUGAUUUUUCGCAUUUUUCGGAUUAUUUUAAUUUUUUUAAAAUUGAUUAUUUCUUUAUUUUGUCUGUUAUCAAUAGUGGUUUCAAUAAAAUAAAUUAACGUUGUUGCCCGUUUUUGCACCACCAGCAAUACACUCAAUAAUAGUUGAUUUCCAACCGACAAUGGCUAAUAUUUUUAAUGCCCCAAGAUAUUAUUUGGUCAAUAACGUAUCUACCUCAAAUCCACCCUAUUAUAGACCAAAAAUAAAUCGGUAAGACAUAGGAACACAAACGUCGGCAAACCAUUUCAUUGUUGCAUAACUUAGUAGUUAAUUAAUAAAUAUUAUACACCAAGUGAAUCAAACAUACGUUUAUUCACGAGAAGAUGUUGAUUUCACGAGCACGCAGUGCGAGUCAGAUCAUUUCUUCGAGUGAAUAAAUAUGUUUGAUUCACGCGGUGUAUAUAUGUUUUUAUUCCAUUUUGACGAAUUUUAUUAAUAAAAUUUCAAAUUAACACUGAAUUUUUGAAAGAUAUAAUGAGAAUUUAAUUAAUAAGUCCGGCCACUGUGAUUAUAACUUUCGAAAAAUGUGGAAAAUCUAGUACCUAAGAGAGAGGAAAUCGUGCAGCUAUUAAUUUAUCGUUAAUUUAUUGGAGGUAAGUUAUAUUUUGUUCCGUCUAGUUGAUACACUGACAUGCGGUAAAUUCUAAAUUUAAACCUUUUAUUCCACACUAAGAUUUUCAGUGUUCACUGUUGUAGAAACUGUGCUGGAAAUAAUAUGUUCGUUAUUUUAAAGCACCUAUACAAAUGUAUGUAGUAAGUAUAGUGGACCAAGAGCUAUAAGGUUAUAUGGCCAUCAUAAAAUCAUCCUAUUGUGUCGAAGUUAAGUUGUUUACAAUAGAAAAGGUUUUAGGGUCGUAAAUAAUGUGUCCACUGCAGCUCGACCGCCUGUUGUGGUUUCGUUCAGGGGCGGCUUUCACUAAAUAUGAAAAUCCACCACUCCACUAUUUCUUUACUACCUCCAGCCGCUGAGGGUUCCGAAAUAACCCCUCGCUUUGAAAGCCGGCCCUGUUAAAUGUGAGCAAGAAAUGUUUAGAAGACGAAUUAUUGCCAAGCGGUAAGCUUAGUGCGAACCACACAAAGGGGGUAUUUAUUUGCGGUCAACUACUUUUAUGAUGGUCAUAUAACCUUAUACCUUUUGGACAAGUAUACCUAUUUAUUUUCGUAUAAGGAAUCAUUAUCCAUGUAUAUUUUUAUCACAACCGUUAUCCAUAGUUGUACAACAAAAUUGAAAGAUAAAAUUAGAAAAUUUUCUUUACUACUUCAUCACGUUUACUUUAUCCACCUUAAAAAAAUUUGAUUAUUACUACAAAAAAAGUUAAAAUUUACCUAUGAUUUCUUGAUUCUUCUCGCAAUAAUGCGAAAUUAAAAAAAAAACUGGUAACAAAUAUAAAGUCUUUCUUAAAAACAAAACAGAAUUGUGUUUUCUACAAAAUUAAAUAAACAAGAAGAGAUGCAUAGUACCGUUCAGUAUUUCCAAAGAUUGUCCGAGCUGACUUUUACGAAAAGUGGGAGCAUGGAAACGGCAACACCACGAUUAAGAAAAGGAAAACAUAAUUUAGAAUCGACAAAUAUCAACAAUCUCUAGUUGCAAAGAAAAGGCGUUGUUUAUCCAGACUACACAAGUAUUUGAUCCUUCCUAUUACGAAAGGCAACACAUCCAUAUGAAGUUGAAUAAAGAAGAUAAGACAAAAGAACCAAACUCCCACAGUAUUUAUACUUUGGUUUUAGCUUUCUAGCAAAGUUAUAUGGAGUAAUAGAAGAUCCUUUACAAGAUUCUCUUCGUUAAUUUAUUGGGCUGUUGACUCGUGCGAUGCGACGUUGACAAACUAGGAGCAAAGUGCUAAAAAUAGGCCAUCUACUCCGCAGCCCUGGCAAUCAGUGGAUGGACCAUCCUGAAGAUAUCGGAAAUCUGUUUCAAGGCGUUCAGAGAAAAUGCACCUACAACAGUCAGCGUCCUGGUCCUUCGGGAAAUCAUCUUGCCUGUCCUGGAAUUGUUCGCCAAACUUAUUCGUCCAAAAACUACCUAUCUUAGAAAUUGUAAAUACUUAUUACACAUUGUUUUGAGAAAAGAGAUUUAGUAUUGACCAGACAGAUUGUCCAACUUCCAAAACUGAAUGUAUCAGCAGAGCAAGUUUGGAAGUUUGAUAAAUCUUAAUUGAAGUUAGAACGUAGAAAAUUCUCGCCGUUUGUAAUGACGGUAGUUGAACAGUGUGUAUUUUGGAUCAGAUUUUUGUAAGCCUAAUUGUACGGAGAGGAUUUUCUAUGUAGGGAAUGAAUUUACCGAACAAACGACUGCAUGCGUCUGAUUUAUUACGUUGUUUUGUAUCAAGUUGCUUGACUGCAAAAUUUUGGACAAAACUUUACUACUGUCUAGGUUUUGAAGUGGUUUUUCGGUGAGUUCAUUGUGCGAGUUGUAUUUUUUUGUAAUUUUUCUCACCUUAGUGUCUUAUUGUCUUUGUUUCUUCUUAUUAGUUGUUUGUUUGAACUUUAUUUUUGUAAGGGCAAAUAAAGGAGACUGGUCAAAACUA